GGUAAUCAGUUCGGUCUUAGACAAUCCAACCAGUGCAAUAUAACAAAUAUAAUAGCGUAGUGUUGGCGGCGGCAUCGCACGAUAGCGAGCACGUGUACCGAGAAGUACUUACGACACUCGUGUUUGACACACGUCGAUGUGCGGACGUUUCGAUCGGGUUAUUAGAAAUAUCGUCAACAUCAUCACACUCGUAACGAUUAACAUCGAAUAAUUUUGGUUUCUUAUUUAUUUUUCAGCGUCUACCGUCGCGUUUUUGUAUUUAUAAUAGUUAUUUUAAUAUUAUCGUGUCCGUAUAAUGUCAACCUACGAAACGGUAACUGUACCUCCGACGGGUAAACACACAUCAACGAUUAUUUUUUUCCAUGGCCUUGGUGAAUCUGGGAGUAUUUGGUCGGAGUUAUUGACGAAUUUACGCAAACCAAAUACCAAGAUUAUCUGCCCUUCUGCUCCCAAGAUACCAUUGACGUUAAACAAGGGUUUCUCAAUGCCUGCUUGGUUUGACGUGUCGACUUUGAACGAAGACGCACCGGAAAAUGAGUCGGAAAUAUUACGUGCUGUGGACAAUGUACACGCGCUAUUAGACGAGGAAUUAGCUAAGACGCGAUUACCACCAAAGAAAUUGUUGCUGGGUGGUUUUUCGCAAGGCGGAGCUCUGGCUCUGUACGCCGCACUCACGUACCAUAGGCCAUUGGCCGGACUCAUAAUCCUGUCUUGUUGGAUACCAUUGCACAGAACCUUCCCAGAUGCGGCCACAAAUAACACCAAUAUACCAAUAUUCCAAUGUCAUGGAACGGAAGACCCAGUUAUACCUUACGUAUGGGGAACAAGAACAUCAGAAAUAAUAAAAGAAUUCGCUACCAAAAGCCAAUUCACUAGCUACGAAGGCUUGUUGCAUCGUACAAAUGAGAAAGAGUUGGCAGAUGUAAAAACAUUUAUUCACAAGAUUUUGACAUGAACAAUUUUACAGUCAACAGUACAAGUUAAAUGGUCUUAAUUACUCAUAAACAGUAUACUAACGAGUAUAUUUAUAACUUAGGGAAAUUUAUAUUUUUUAGAACUUAUUUUGAUUUAUGACAUAAUAUAUUGUGGAUAAAAUAAAGAAUAGA